AAACCUCGUAUACAACACAUAUUACAAACAGAGGGUAUCGUGAAAGUUAAGUCAUGUAUUCAUAUUCCUAUAAAGAAAGACAAAUAAAUAGAAUAGGAAUUGAUAAAAUCUGAGAUAGAGCAGGAUAUGAAUGAGGUUAAGAGUUUAUCAAAAAAUAAUUACAAGGUAUCAUGAAACAACCACAAUCGUUGAUCAGUUUGGCCCUUGCGAUCUGAUGGGCACAGCUACUAUCCUGAAUGUAAAUUUGGUUAUAACAGCUAUGCCCAACACUGCCGUUCAUUUUAAAGAGCCAAGUUCUAUCUCACGUCAUGAGAGACAGAAGAGCCAUUCGUCCUCGAGCUCGUCUGAGUCUUCCUCUGACUGUACAAACACUCGUGUUAGUCGUCAUCGGCGCCGACGUUCUCUCUUGUACCAAGUCCUGGUUUCUCCCUUAAGAAAGAAAUCAUCUCUUCUAUCAGACCUACCUUGCAAUGUGAUGAUGAGUAAUCUAGGCCUACGGCAAGGCCCGAACUCUUACCAACCGCCACCCAGUGUAUACGAAGAUGACCCGGGAAUCAUGUCAGAGGUCGAGACGGCCGCCACCGGUUUUCGCAGGGCCAUUAAAGCCAGAUCAUCCCUUCCAAUUGUCCGAACCCCUUCAAAGACUCAGGAACGACCCCUUGGAAUGGUGUUCCUUCAGUAUCGCAGCGAAACAAAACGAGCGCUUCUACCCAAUGAAAUCACUACCCUAGAUACAGUGAAGGCACUAUUUGUCCGCUCCUUCCCCAAACAACUAACCAUGGAAUACCUAGAUUCACCUCACCUUCAUAUCUACAUACAUGAUCCUUCUAAGGACAUGUUUUAUGAACUCGAAGAUUUACGUGAUAUUCGUGACCGGUCGGUAUUGAGAAUCUACGAACAAGACGUUAACAGCGGAGGUAUGCAUAGCAGCUUUGACCAAGAUCUCAGUUAUUUCUCAGAACCAGAAUUUGACUCUGAAUAUCAACAUCAGCAUAUACAUAGGGCAAAGGGAGCAAAGUCAAGCCCCAAUCCCGGAUCGACGUAUUAUAAUACCCAUAACCCAUAUCCUCCUGUCAGCUGUGCACAAACACUUCCACUUGGGACAUCCUUGAGGGCAUUUUCUCCAUCACCUUCAGAAGGCAGGCAGAAAGCACAACCAAUAACUACACCAAGCUACUCACAGACGAUGCCUCGAGGAUCAACACAGCUAUUAUCAUAUGUUCCUGCACCCCCUAGCCCAGUAAAGAGGCAAAGGGAUCAAUCCUUGCCUCCUGGUUCAGCUCAACCUCCACCAAAACCACAGCGUUCGUUUCAGCAGGCUCUAGUCCCACUCACCAAAGCAGUUCACUCCACUCCACCUCCCACUGGCCCUCUGCCUGCAAUACCUUCUCCUCGAUCAGCUCAGCCAAAACCUGAUCGCUACCACGACCCUCAUGGAUCCUAUCGUUCCACCCCAGAGCGGCCCUACCCUCCAGAUGGUCAAGCUUUUUAUCAUGCGUCCCCUGACAGAAGAUACGACCCAUCUUACCAGUCUUCUCCAGAAAGAAGAUCCCAUGAAUCUGGCUACCUGUCCUCCCCAGAGAGACGUCCAGACGUAAAGCGCACUUUCCCACCUUACAGUUCUGCAACGUUUGAUAGUCGAGGAUAUUACAGAGAUCAGACAUAUGGAUCACAUGAUCAGGCUUAUAGCUCUAGGUCUGGAAGCACUACACCAGCUAUUGAUGAGGAAGCACGGGUAAGGAUGGAGAUGAUGGAGCGGCAACUAGCAAGUCUAAGAGGUCUUGUUCAGAAAGCCUUGGUUUCCAGUCCAGCAGGUCAGCCACAAGAUCUGGUUUCUUCAAACAAAAUGGAACUUGGAGGGGACAAAGAAGAGAAGGAUGGCCGACAACUCGUAGGGAAACCUGCCCCUCCCCCCAAACCAGCUUCUUUGCAGUACACUGCAACAGAAUCCAGACAUCAUGUUUCUGUAAAAGACCUUCAGGGCAGUCCAGAAUUGUACAACCAACUGCGAUACCUGAAGAAGCAAACGAAGGAUUUACGUACAGAGGUUCGAAAUCUUAAGAGAAUGGCUCAGGCCCAGGCUGUUACAGCACGUGAAAGUGUUCGAGAAACCUGUGUCAGAAUCAAGGACAUGUUAAUUGCUGCCCAUGGAAUGGAAAAUAAGGUAUGUGGUGAUAGAAUUCGGGUAGCAAAAGACGAAGAAAUAUACCAUGAAGAUGUAGCACGACUGGAGAAUGAUUUGUCGAAACUAGAAACAACAGUAGAAGAGUUGCGGGGCAAUGUCAUCAACAGGAAAUGUCGUGUAAAUAUCAGCGAUGUGGAAUCCAUGGCAUUAAUUCUGAGUAGAGCAAGCAAAACAGUGGCAGACUUGAAAGCAAGGUUUCCAACUUUACAAGAAAAUCUAAAAGCUGUGAUGUCUGCUGAAAUGGAAGUAGUUGUUAAAGAAGAAAAAUUUUUAAAAGAUGAACCGGAACGUUUAGAGAGUGCUCUCAGACGUUGCAAGAAGUUGACUGGAACCCUAGUAACAUUGAAACGACUUGCGUCCGUUCAAGAACAACGACACACCAGCGUCCAGUCAUUGCCAGAGAAGCCCCUGUCAACUGAUAGAGCCCAUUCUGAUGGCGAAGCACAUACUGCCAAAUCUAGCAGACACAGAUGGAAGUGGAGCUCUAGCUUCAAGCAGAAAAUAGACCUGAGGAGGGGUUAUUCUACAACAGUGAAGACCAUCGACUCCGACCCCCAUACUGUAAUCCAUGUACCACCUGAUAGUCACCGCAAGCCAAAGGCUGAGAAUGCCCUCGAUGCCUUGCUGGACGAGCUACAGACCUUUACAAAACCAUCUGAACAAAAGAGGGACUCAAUUCCUGGUCUUAUUGGGCCACAGCGUCGUCUUCCAUCAUAUCCAAGUGCUGAGUCCCCUGUCUGCACUCCAACCCACAGUUAUGGCCCACCACCUACUCCCCAAAGGUCAUCUGCACCUCCAAACACGGGUGGCACUGUCACAGGAAAAUUGCAGGUUUGUGAUGCAGGAACUCGUCAUAGCCUUAGUCUGUCACCUGCACAGUCACCAGUUCCAGAGAACAGGAACUAUCAGUCACAAGAAGUGCUUGCACGAGUCUCUGUGAGUGGUACAAAGCAUGAUACUUUGCCAUCAAGGAAAGUUCCACCACCUCCACCACCACGCACAACAAGCCGGUCCCCUUUAACGUCCCCUACUACUCCAUUAUCACCAGCAAGCAACCGCCAGAAAAGCAGCGUAAAUUCAUCUAGUCAGGCUCACAGCCACUCACGUAGCAACUCAGAGCCUGGUUCUGCUUCCACAAAUACUUUGCCGAAAAUAGCUUCAAGAAAGACAGAACAUAGAGAAGAGGUUGUUAUCAAAAAGAAUGGAGAAGUUGUAAAGACAAGUGCCAUAAAUGAUGACAACUUUAGACGGGAUCCACUAUCUAGCAAUAGCAGUAGCAGUGAAAGUGUUAAUUCACAAGAAGGACUUCAGGUAGGUUUGAAUCAUGGCAGUCGACAUGAUCGAAAAAUGUCAGGAGGAAUUGACAGCGGAAAACAACAGGGUCUUCUAACUCCCUCCCGCAGUCGCCAAGAGGUGCUGGAACAGCGACACCAAGAGCUACUGAGGAAACAAAAGCAACUCCAGGAGCAGUAUACAAGACUGCAGCAAUUGCAACGUGGGCAACUUCUACAGCGGUUUUCUCCUCCUCGUUCUGGUAUGGGGUUGACUGACUUGAAAAAGACAGGUAGUGAAAGUAAUAUUUUGUCAAAAACAGCUCUCUCUCUGACUCCAGCAUCAGGAUCUCUUACUCACCUUGCAGUAAGUACAGCAACAAUAAAUCUGACGCCAAAGGCUCCAGCCUCUCAAAGCAAUUCUAUCACCUCCUCAGCAAUUAUCACUAACAAUACAAAUGAUAAUGGUCGGAAUUCGAUCAAAAAGACUAACAUUGACCAAUCAGGACCAGGUCAGAUCUUUGAGACUGAUAUUCUCUAAUUGUGUAUAGUCUUAACACUAAUUCUAGGAAAUUUGAAAACGUGACUUCGGAGGUAUUGUUCGUUUGAAUUUUGUUUUAUUCUUUUAGCCAUCAGCUGCAUGACAUCAUGUCUGAUAUCUGCAGCGCAGGUUAAAUAAGGAUAUGCUCUAUAUAUGAAACCUAAACGUAAUUUUAUCACAAUUUUUACUCUUUUUGACAAGAGCUAAAUGUUCAUCUAAAGCAUCUGUUGUUUUUGUUUUUUGUUUUAGAACUAUGUGCAAAUUGUAAUUUAUCUAAUGUUGUUUAGAACUCAUUGUAGUACAUAUAAAUAUAUAUAUAUAUAUAUAUAUAUAACAUUUUAUGACAUAGAAUAUCUUCAUCUAAUUAUUAAUGAUCAAAAGACGAAAUAUACCCGUUUUUUAAACACGAAACUGGGACAAUGGCACUCAGAACGUAACAUUACCAGUGCUUAAUACUUAGGUCGAUACAUCUGCAGAUAUCAAUUUUUGGAUGACCUUUGUAAGAUCAAAUGUAAAAUUUAUUGUAGUAACAAAUUAAUUUAAUUUUAAGUAAAAAUCAGAAAACUGCUGGUUCUAUUUCAGCUGAAUUUGUAUUCAGCUGAGCUAAAUUAAUUGAUUGCUCACUUUGUAAUGUCAAAAUUAUAUUAAAGUGUUCUAAAUUUCAUUGUUCAACUCAUGAUUUUUUUUAUCUGUGCACAUUGUGCGUGGAUUGCAUACUAAUCAACAAGUGCGAAACAUUAUAAUUUGUUUGUCAUUUAUCACGCGGUAACUUUUCAUAUGGUGCAUCUUCUAUUUCUCUGAUAUCGGUGUCUGAAUUACGUGGGACUUUCAGAGAGCAUUUUAAGACACAACUUACGUACUGUACAUAUGAUUAUAUUAUACUCUGCAUAAUACAUAAAUAAUUCAGAAAAUAGUUUCAAUGAGCAUUUCUAGAGACUAAAUUACACGGCAGUCCUUGUUCAAAUUUAAAUUGUUAUUAAUAAGUUUGCGUUAGAAAUACGAGGCUCUAACUCACUUUUGUAUGAAGGGUAAGUUUUAAUGGUCCCAUCAACUUUGAUAUCAUAUUUUUCUAAAUUAGUGAUUCUGCACCUGUCAAUCUAACGUCGACAUUGAAUGAGAUGUGUGGUUAAACAGGCAUUCAAAUUAACAAUAAUAAUUAAUCUGGAAAAUAGAUGGAUCCAGUUAGAAGAAAAUUAAUAUGAUUAUAUAAUUUACUAGUGAAACAUAACUUACAUAACACUAUUCUCUCCAUUAGCUGAACUAUUUCUGUGUAUACUAUUGUUUCACUAUAUCUAAUGGCUGUACCACUAUAACGUAUGUUAAUCUAUGAUCGAAUUGUAAUUCACUUAGUAAUUUUAAGGCCUUUAAGACUAUACAUGUACUUCAUUACAUCUAUAUGACAUGCGAGCAGACCAGAACGUCAUUGUUUAUUUAUUACUUAUCUAAAUACAUUUAAAUUAUAUCUUAAAUUGUUUGCAAACAAAUCUCGAUACCGACUAAAAUGUUAUUUCAAAUACUGUUGUAUAUUAUACUUUACAUUUUCAUUGCUAGAUAAACCUAUAUUCGUUGGUAUGCAAAUUUCAUAUUUUUGACGUUUUAAUCCAGUGACCAAACUUUUACGGAAUAUGUACUACAAUGUUAAAGCUACUGUGUUACUUAUAGCAUUUUAACAUUAAGAAAAUAGUCAAUAAAAAUUAUGAUUUUGGACCAUAUACAUUAACGCACUGCUAAACCACAGCAGCGGACUGGUUCAGAGAGGUUAAACAGGCUCAGAUAAUUAUCCUUAAUUAGAAUUAAAUUCAGUUAUCAAGCGUUAUCAAUGCAUAAAUCUUUUAUUUAUUUCAAGUAUCUACACUAGAAAAACACUAAGAGUUUAGAAUUCUAGGUAUCUGUCAACUAGACAAAUAAUUGAUUUUGUCAUUGGUACCAGUUCAGUUUGGUUGUCAUUAUCUUAAAAAGACUACACAGCAAAUUACUCAAUAAAACAAUAGCAACAAAAAGUCUAUUACUAUGUCACUCGUAAAACUAUUUGUAUUGAUUUUAAGGCCUUGUCAGUACUUCUUGUGUGUAGAUUGAGAAGAGUGAAGAAUAUCAAUUUGUGCUAAUUCAUAGCAUGAAGCUUUCAUCCUUCCCAAAGUGAAGUAUAAUUCCUACAAGAAAACAGCCUAUGAACUAUAAUCUCACUGUUGUAAUCAUAUCCCUGAUAAUGAUGACGGAAUUUCGUUAUCUCUAUGUAAUAGCUAACAAAUUCAUAUUCUUGUUCGCUGUUAGUAGUAAGUGAAAAACAGGUUUUCUUGCCGGGUUCCCGUCAACAAUGUAGAAUUAAUAUAAGAUCAGAAUAUUUACUACCUAAGUUAAAGCCGAUGGAAGUAGAUAAUUACACUAGUGUGUAACUGUAAGGCUAAGUUGUAUUCCCCUCUUACAGAUCUGUUGUAAUCUGUAUUAUGAUUCUAUGUAUGUUGUAUCCUGACGUGUUUUCUAUUGCCGAUUACUGCUGAUGUAGCUCAAUAGUUGAAAUGUAAUACGUUGUUGUUCUGCAGAAAUAAAAUACAAUAUAACACGUA